AUGAAGACAAAAAGGAAAUCACUGAACACUCAAGCUUCUUUGCAGAAUGGCAAAGAGACAGUUCACUUUGGACUUUUUCUGCUCAAAGAAGGCCAAGACUCCAGCUUCCCCGAGAGUCCAGUCCCCAGCACAAGCAGUGCAGUUCUGAAUUAUGGUACCAGAAGCAGCCACACUUGCCAAGGCAUACAUUUAAGAGGCCAUGAUGAGGGAGCAGAUUCCGCAAAUAAAGGAAACUUGCGGGAAUUGAUGAAACUGUGCAGUGAAGACAACAAAGUGAUUCAGCAGUUUAUGAUUAACCAAGAGAAUUUCUUCACCUACCUACACAGCUCCUAUCAAAAUGAAAUACUUGAGAUUAUGGCUUCACCAGUCCAGAAUUCAAUAGUAAAAGAGGAAGUUGGAGUGUUUGCCAUCAUAGCAGAUGAAACAAUGGAUAACUCCAGGCACGAACAAGUUGCUCUCAUGCUGCGAUAUGUAAACCGGUCCUUUGAAAUACAAGAGCGAUUUAUUGGCUUCUAUAGGAUGCUGCAGACAGAUGGUGCUUCACUUACCACACUGAUUAAGACUGCUUUGUCAGAUUUGGGACUUGAUAUUUUGGCUCUAAGAGGUCAGUGCUAUGACGGAGCUGCAAGCAUGAGAGGACCCUAUGAAGGUGUGACUUCAUGGAUACUUAGUGAGAAUCCUUUAGCUUAUUAUGUUCACUGUUAUGCUCAUAUAUUAAAUCUGUGCAUAGCGGAUGUGGUAUCUUGCAUUCCCUCUGUCCAGAAUGCCUUCACACUUCUUCACGAACUAUGGGAUUUCACUGAAGGAAGCCCAAGGAGACAUGCUUUCUUUGAAAAAAUAGUAAUUUUAGACACUCUUAUUAGUGACAUCGAAGACCACUUCACUGAGAAUGAGCUAAACAUUUUCAAGUCCCUGGAAGAUGUUCUCUCUUCUGAGACCCCAUCAAAGGAAAGCAUAGGCACUGUUUCCAAAACUUACAAGAUUGCUCAAGAAGAUCUGAGGUCUGAAAUCAAUGUAUUUUCCAGACUGUUUGAAAUUCAUGGCAGUGCUGGCAUGAGUAGUGAAGCAGAGUGCCCCCAGCUUAAAAGAAGAGUGAAGUUAUUUCAUGAAAUGUCACUGCAUGAUACCCUCCCAAAUCUGGGAAACCUCUUCAUACUUUACCUAACUAUCCCAGUUACUACAGCAUCAGCAGAAAGAAGUUUUUCUUCACUGAAGCAGCUGAAAACUUACCUGAGGACCACGAUGACAGAUGCUCAUCUUUCUAAUCUGGAAAUACUACAGAUUGAAAAACAAGCUAUCAACAUUCAUAGAUAG